ACAGCAAAACUGUAAUCUUUUUUCUCGCAAAGACAAAAAGGAGAUAAAAAGAAAUAAACAAAUCGAGAAAGAAAGAGAAAAAACUCAGACAACCACCGAAACACAAGACAGUCGUCUCUCUCUCUCUCUCUCUCUUUCUUCUCUGUCUUCUCAAAAGUUUCCGCUUUUUUCUCGAAGAAGAUUGAUGUCUGAUCCGGCGAUUAAGCUGUUUGGGAAAACGAUUCCUUUACCGGAACUUCUUGGUGGUGAUUUAACAGAACAGCAAGACCAGAAUCCUGUUCGGUUAUCAGAUUCGUGUACCGGAGACGAUGAAGAGAUGGGUGAUUCCGGUUUAGCAGGAGGAGGAGGAGGAGAUGAUGAUGGUUGUGGAGAUAGCGAGAGUCAAAAGGAAGAAAAAGAUACAGAGUGUGGAGACGAGUCAUUGUGCAAUGAAUCUAGUAAAGUUAGUGCGGCAUCGAGUAUAACUGAGAAAACGGAAACUACUAAAGUUGCAAAGACGGAUGAAGAGACGUCACAGAACGGGACUUGCUCUCAAGAGGGGAAGCUAAAGAAGCCCGACAAGAUUCUGCCUUGCCCGCGAUGCAACAGCAUGGAGACCAAGUUCUGUUACUACAACAACUACAACGUUAACCAACCUCGCCAUUUCUGCAAGAAGUGUCAGAGGUAUUGGACAGCUGGAGGAACCAUGAGGAACGUUCCCGUCGGUGCUGGGAGACGCAAGAACAAGAACCCGGCUUCUCAUUUUAACCGUCACGUAACCAUAACAUCUGCGGAAGCUAUGCAGAAGGCGGCGGCGGCAAGAACCGCUGAUAAUGGCACCAGUCUCCUGACUUUCGGCUCUGACUCAGUCCUAUGUGAAUCCAUGGCUUCAGGGUUGAAUCUUGCUGACAAGUCAAUGCUGAAGAAGACAGAAGCUAGUGCAGGCUUGAAGAUUACGGUUCCUUUAAACCCUUCAAAGGAACAGGCCGGAACAAUCAGCCCGUUACCAUGCUUUCCAGGACCACCACCAACUUGGCCGUACGCUUGGAACGGUGUUUCAUGGACGGCUGUACCGUUUUACCCUCCGCCUGCUUACUGGAGCUACCCGGGUGUUUCACCGGGGACAUGGAACAGCAUCGCCUGGAUGCCACAACCCACUUCACCAUCUGCUGGGUCCGGUCCAAACUCUCCAACACUUGGUAAACAUUCACGCGACGAGAGCAUUGCUGAACCGGGAACCGUUCUUGAAGAAACCGAGUCACCACUUGGUAGAGAGAAAAGCAAAUCCGAGAGAUGCCUUUGGGUUCCCAAGACGCUGAGGAUCGAUGAUCCAGAGGAAGCCGCUAAAAGUUCGAUAUGGGAGACACUAGGGAUCAAGAAGGACGAAAAGGCAGACACUUUCGGAGCUUUCAGGUCACCGAACAAAGAAAAAAGCAGUCUUUCUCAAGGAAGACGACCAGAGUUGCAAGCGAAUCCUGCUGCUCUUUCUAGGUCAGCAAACUUCCAUGAAAGCUCAUAAAAUGAUGGAUUUGAAUGUUUAGGGUUCAGUCUUGUGUUCCAAGAUAACAAGUGAGUCCUUUUUGUAUAUAUUAUGGUUGACAUAGCGAGGGAGAAGUUAGUUUUUGGGUUGCAGAGUAAAUGUUUGUUGUUGUAUCAUAAAUGGGAAAAAUCCCCAAAACUGUAGUUAAAUAAAUCUUGUAAGAUUUGCUAUUUUCCAUUAUAAUUUACGAUUUGUUUAGUAA